GCUGGGAAAGUCCAGGUUGCUGCCACCACUUCUGAAAUCCUAGAAUUUUCUAUCGUCAUUGAACCUACAGCCAACUCUCACCUCAAGAGUCAUGACCUCCAGCCCUGUACUUCUCCCCCAGAAGCUGUCUACUCUCUGUUCCAGAAGAAAACUGGAGGGAGACCGAAAAAACAUACUUUCCAAGGAUAUAGCAGGAACGUGGUGGUGUCAGCAGAAGUCGUGUGGACGUUUGUGCUCUUGGCAGAGGAGCUGCAAGGUGGCACGCGCCGCGGUCUGUGGGAGACGAUGAUGGUUGGUAUCGCAGGCUCAGGUUUUACCUCACGGCGCAGUUUGACGCAGUCAACAGCUCUGCCCCGUGCCGGGGAGUGGGGCUGGCAGACCCAGCAGCCGAUGCGGGCCUCGGUGGACUCGGAAAAUAUGCACCUGACCUUUGAUGAGACUAUCGCCUCCUCCGCGGAGAGCACUCCUGUGCAAACAGCUCGGCACAGGAGCAGAACUCCACAAAUCUUCAUCCUGUCCGGGUCCGCGUGGGCGUCUCCCUGGGAUCCCCUGGGAGCUGCUUGGUGUCCUCUCUUGGUUGGCCUGCCAACACCUUCUCGUAGAACCAUAGAAUGUCUGUGCAGGUUAAACUUUGUUUUCAUUCUUUGGAUCUCAAUGACAUUUGUGUGCUCGGGUUACCCACUUGUCCCUUCCAUGAACAGCAAUCCUUUUUAUUUGAAUUGCCAGCUGUACGAUCUGCUGAAUAACUGCUUAGCCAAGGUGGGCAGGAGUGAAGAACUGGCUUUUUUAAAGCCUUACCUGGAGAUGCCUUUCAAUAAAAGGUCCUUUCGCAACGGUGUUGGAUCGGGAAUUAAAAAAACUUCCUUUCGAAGAGCAAAGUCAUGA